AUGGUCGCUGUAUUACUGCUAACGCUGGCUUCAGCAUGUCUGGCCUCCCAAUUACCCGUGGUUGACCUGGAAUAUGAGCUACACCAAGCAAUUUCAUUUGAUAGCUCCCAUGAUCUCUAUAAUUUCAGCAAUAUCCGAUAUGCCGCACCUCCAGUCGGUGACCUGCGAUUCCAGGCACCUACACUCCCAAAACAGAACAGAGAACAGAUCCAGAAUGGCUCGGUGGGCAGGAUGUGCCCCCAGGCAGCCCCAUUGUGGUCGGCAGAUGUCCAACAACCUUUCCUUCUGAGCUACUUCUACAACCAGUCCUUCUCAGUCUCCACCAAUAUCUCUUCAUAUGAGUACAAGCCGGCGGAGCAAGACCCACGCACCUCCGAGGACUGUUUGUUCCUUGAUGUCGUUGUCCCCAAAAAGAUCUUCGAACGCACAAAAGCCAAAGGCGCAGCAUCUCGAAAGAACUUGGCACCGGUGCUGGUGUGGAUCUUUGGCGGAGGGUAUGUGGAGGGAGACAAGUCCAACACAGACCCCACUGGGUUGAUCCAGCGAAGCAGGCUGGGAAAUAAGGAUGGGAUUGUCUACGUUGCCUUGAAUUAUCGAUUGGGUGCAUUUGGCUGGCUUGGUGGUGACAGCAUCACAGCAAAUGGCACCGCCAACGCAGCACUCCACGAUCAACGCUUUGCUCUUGACUGGGUUUACAAGAACAUUCACCUUUUCGGUGGAGAUCCAACUCGAGUCACAGUGAUGGGAGAGUCUGCUGGAGCAGGAUCAAUCCUUCAUCAGAUUACCGCCUACGGAGGUACACGGGGUGCUUCACCCUUCAAGCAAGCGAUCUUGCAGAGCCCGGGCUGGGUCCCAAUCAUUGGCGAACAGCAACAAGAAGACACGCUGCAGCAGUUUUUGGAGAUUCUUAAUGUCAGCACGGUUGCAGAAGCCCGGAAAUUGCCAUCGGACAAAUUGAUCGCCGCGAAUGCGUACCAGGUCGCGACCAAGUCUGAGUGGGGACAAUUCACCUACGGUCCCGUUGUGGACGGCAACUUCGUGCCUGCUCUGCCAGGGAAACUUCUGCUUCGAGGCGAUUUUGACCACAACCUGAACAUCAUGGUCGGGCAUAAUUCGAACGAAGGGUUGGACUUUACUUCGCCGGACAGCGUGAACAGCACCGGUCUGGAAAUUCAAAUGAAGACCUUGUCACCGAAUACUCCAGCAAACGUGUCCGACUUUGUCUUGAACGUCCUCUAUCCACCCGUCUAUAACGGCUCCUAUGGGUACACCAACUCGGUCGCGCGCACAGCACUCGUCAUCGCGGAUCUCGUCUUCCAGUGCAAUACUGAUUACAUCAACCGCGCUUUCUACAAUGAGACCUACGCAUAUGAGUUCAGCGUUCCACCCGCGCUACAUGGACAGGAUGUCCCAUACACCUUCUACAACAACGGGAGUAGCUCGAAGGUCGCUAAUGUGACCGUGGCAUUGGCGAUGCAGGACUUCUUUACUAGCUUUGUCCAGCAUGGCGAACCUAAAUCCCAUCUGGCCCCGGUCUUCAGAAAACAUGGCCAGCAUGCACAGCUCAUGAACAUUGGCAAUCGUGCCAUCCAGCCGGCGCAGGAUCCGACCAACAACGCACGCUGUCGGUUCUGGCAGACUGCGCCCUACUAUAAACCGACCUGA